AUGGACAACUCGCACGUUGCUUUGGUUUCAAUGCUUCUGCGUGCUGAGGGUUUCUCUCCUUACCGCUGUGACCGCAACAUCGCUCUCGGUAUCAACCUGGUCUCACUUACCAAGGUUCUGCGUGCUGCCCAGCUGGAGGACAUCUUGACGUUGAAGGCUGAGGACUCGCCCGAUGUUGUCAAUUUGAUGUUUGAGAGUGCUGAGACCGAUCGUCUCAGCGAGUAUGAUAUUAAGCUCAUGGAUAUUGACCAGGAGCACCUGGCCAUUCCCGAGACAGAGUAUGCCGCUACCGUGGAGAUGCCCUCAGCGGAGUUCCAGCGCAUUUGUCGUGAUCUGAAUGCCCUGUCCGAGUCUGGUAAGAAAAUCUCAACAUGCCAGGAUGAUACUCUUAGAGCGUCUGGAACUGACCCUUGUCUCUUUUUGUUGGUAGUUGUUAUUGAGGCGAGCAAGGAAGGUGUCAAGUUCUCCUGCUCUGGUGAUAUUGGCAAUGGUGCAGUUACCAUUCGCCAGCACACCAAUGUUGAAAAGCCCGAGAUGAACGUGACCAUUGACCUGUCCGAGCCUGUCGCUCUGACCUUCUCUCUCAAGUACCUGGUCAACUUCUGCAAGGCUUCCAUCCUGUCUUCAUCUGUGAGGCUGAACCUGUCUCAGGAGGUGCCCCUGCUCGUGGAGUAUCCCCUCGGCAGCGGUUACUUGCGCUUCUACCUCGCUCCCAAGGUUCGUUCGAUUCGCUGUCCUGACCGUUGUACAACUAUCACUAAUCUCCCGACUUGA